AUGAGCGACGACGAUAAACUCGCCGCGCCGAACCGUCACAAGUUCUACGUCGACGAGAACAAAUUGGUGUACGAGUGGGAGCAAACGUUGGAAGAGGUGAACAUUUUUAUCCCCGUUAGUUCCGAGUUGAAAACGAAGGAAGAUUUGUCGGUUGAAAUCACCGGGAAAACGAUCGAGAUUAAGAAGAAGAAGAAGAAGAAGAAGAUUGGAGACGAAGAUUGCCACGUGUUGCCGAAACUGGAGCUGUACCGACAAACGAUCGCGGAUGAAUCCGUGUGGACGCGAGAUCAAUCCACCGGGGAGAUGCACAUUCAACUGGUGAAGCUGAAAAAAGCGGAACCUUGGGAAGCGGCGUUUAAGGAACAUUGCCGUAACAACCUCCGAGGAGCGACGCCAAACGCGAGCGACGAAACGUCGACGAAAGCCGAGGCCGAUGAAAAAAUCGAAAUGGACAGAAGACGGAUGAUGCUCGCUCGAUUUCAAAAGGAAAAUCCUGGAUUUGAUUUCAGCGACGCUGAGUUUGAAGUCGGCAAAGAAGUCCCGGACGCCAGCGAGUGGAAUUUGAAAUAG